AUGGAAGAGAGCUCCUUUGCCACCCUCUUCCCCAAGUACAGAGAGCAUUACCUGCAGAAGGCGUGGCCUCACGUCACUAAGGGUGUAUCCUGUCGUCUUGACCUGAUAGAGGGUAGUAUGACUGUGUCCACCACUCGCAAGACCUGGGACCCUUACGUCAUCGUCAAAGCUAGAGACCUCAUCAAGCUACUGGCAAGGAGUGUCCCUUUUGAGCAGGGUAACACAGUGUCUGCUCUGGGCUCUUUCAAAGGCCUCAGACAAGUGAGGAAGAUUGUGGAGGACACUAUGAAGAACAUGCACCCUGUUUACAACAUCAAGGUCAAACAAGCAACUGUGUCUGAGCAGAGGAAAGCUGAGAGGCAGAGUGUGUUCCAACCUCCUCCUGUCUCGGUAGACAACAGAGUGUGUUCCAACCUCCUCCUGUCUCGGUAG